AAGUCAAGUCUCGUCUCACCAAAAGCAAGAACGGGAGGAGGAACGUAUAGCUGCAAGCCUGCAACUCCCUGCGAAUUUGGAUAUAUACACAGAGAGAGAAGGGGAAUGGAGAAUCUUCGCCAAAGGCGAGCAAAAAAUCCCUGUUCUCUUCUUCUUUCUUUUGUAUUGAUCACUGCCCUCUCUUCAUCCAUAUCCGCAACUUCACCUCUUCCUCGCUCAGAUCAGGGUACAGAGCAGCAUGCGUCAAGUCCUGAACACGACAAGCCACAUGUUCAUGAAGUUCAUUGCUCCCGAGAAAGAAGCCGGACUGCUUGGAAAGUUAUUGAGGAGUACUUGAUGCCCUUUGUGGAAAGAGAGAAGUAUGAGCUUCCUAGGCAGUGUAGACUUCAUCCAAGUAAUGAUAUUUUCAGAGAUCAAGAGGAACAUAAAAUCCAUCUUGACGUGAAUGAGUGGAAAUGUGGAUACUGCAGAAAAAGCUUUCGGGCUGAAAAAUUUCUUGAUCAGCAUUUUGACAACAGGCAUUCUAAUCUUCUGGACGUUAGUCACAGCAAAUGCCUGGCAGAUGUAUGUGGAGCUUUGCAUUGUGACCUUGUGAUGGAAUUUAAAUCCAAGAAGGCCAAGUGUAAUCCUGCGGCAGCAGCAAGAAAUCGUCAUUUAUGUGAGGGUCUUGCAGACAGCUGUUUUCCUGCUAAUAAGAGUCCAUCAUCUACUCGUCUUCAUGAACUAUUCUUGCGCCAAUUCUGUGAUGCUCACACUUGCUCGGGGGGAAGAAAACCCUUUUCUAGAGGAGGAAAGAAGCAUAUAAAUCGGUUCUACUUGGCAGCUUCAGUGUUGACGUUGAUGCUGCUCCCUCUAUUUUACCUUAUUGUCUAUUUGUACCAAAGAGAAAUGAAAAAGGGAACUCAAGAACUUAGGCGCAUAACAAAAGUUGGCAGAAAAGCCAAACCUUCUUAGCUGUGAACAGCGAUGAUACUUUUUUUGUAAGCUGAAACAUUAACAUCAUGAAGGGAUGGAGAUGGAUUAACAUUGCGCAUCUUCUUGUCCUGCUGUAGACAUCUCUUGGCAACAAAUCAUUUACUGUUGCUGGAUGAUCAGAGUUCUGAUGUAGAAGACAAGACAUAUCCUCCGUCAGCAUGGUAUAGUGCAUCUUGGCAUUUAAGUCGUCUGCCUGGAUAAGCCGAUCUCAUUGAAGCAGAAGCUAAAUUCUUUACCCUCUGUUGUAUCACUUCUCACAGAUCCAUACAACAGUUUUCAACUUUUCAUGGGAAGACCAGUUUUCUCUUUAUCAAUUUUACAUUGGGGGAAACGUGAAUUCUUCAUGUUGUAUGUUUCUUUGUGUAAUCUAAAGUUUGCUUUUGGGAUGUCUUGGACAAACUUGUGUUGUUAUGACUGGGAAGUGGUAAGCUCGUGGAAGUGCGUGUUAGCGAAUGGAAAGACAAGGUGGUCAA